UUGAAUUUAGAAUAAUAAAUAGCGGUGGUGUUAGAAGACGUGGACAAAGUAAAAUGUGCCUUAAAAUAGUGAAGUAUAAGGUUGAAAGUCGACAAUGAAACUUGUGAGUUUAUGUUAUGAAAAGAUAAAGUUUUGAAAAUGAACGCAUGGUCGGGAGAAGAGGGUGAUGUUAUGGGACCAACAGUUACUCGUGCCGGCAGUGCCAAGCCAAACACCCCUCCUCUGAAAAACGGCAAUGAUUUGAGAGAAUCAGGAUAUUUAAUAGCAGUCGGAUCCAGAACAUCCAGGUUCAGAAGAAAAUACAAGAAAAGAAUACCAUUUCUAGUCAUUAUAAUAAUAUUUAUCUUAUUACUACUAGCUUUUAUAAUUAUUUCUAUUUUAUAUGCAUUAGCAAUACAUAGGAAGCCAGAACGUACAUGCAGGAGUAGAGAAUGCCUGCGCUCCGCCGCCAACCUUGCGAUGUCCAUGGACCUCAACGCGGACCCUUGCGAGAACUUCUAUCAGUUCGUUUGCGGUAACUGGGGUUCCGAUCAUCCACGGCCGGACGCCUAUCGGUCUUACGACUGGUUCCGAGACAAGCAAACCAAGGUGUAUAGCAUAGUGAGGGACUUCCUCAACAGGAAUAGUAGUCAUCAGCCCAAACCUGUGCUGCAGGCUAAGGAUAUGUAUAGGGCGUGUAUGAAUACCAAAGUACUAGACAAACGAGGACUUAAACCAGUGAUCACCAUCUUAGAAUCACUAGGUCUCCCUCCAUUCCCAACAUUCAUAAACGUGACAGAGGAUUUCGACUACUCAGCAUAUACCUUCGACUGGUUAGACACAGUCAUUAAGGUGAAAACACAAAUAGGUAUGGAUGUACUCAUAGGAUUCGAUAUCUAUACGGACCCCAAGAAUUCUUCGGUUUAUAGACUGAUUAUGGGAUCUCCUGAAACUACUAAUCCGUUUCCGAGUACACAUACCGAAAGAAAACGCCACAGAAGACAUUUCAACGACAUAAAAAGUUAUAUAAAGGAAGCAACCGACUUUUUAUCAAAGAUGGAACACAAAAGCAGUAAAUCUGACGAAGAAGACGAGAAAGUAGCAGAAGUACUAAAGAUAUUUUAUGCAGAACUUAUGAAACUGUUCGUGUUAGAAGCAGAUGGAUUGAAAAGUUCUAAAUUAACUGAAAUAGAAUUAGAUCAGAAUGUUAUAUUGGCUGCAAAUGAAUAUUUUGAAACGAACAGGGAUUUAUACGAUCUAGAAACAGACAACUCUACAUCAGAACUUGAAAGUUCAGAUGAUGCUGGCUAUCUGAUCAUACCUGAUUACACUGUCGAUGAAAUACAGGCACAUACUGAUGCAAUUGUUGAAAGCAACAACGGUACAGCUUCUCCUAUAUGGAAGAAGUAUUUAGAAGGAUUGUUCAAUAUCAGCAAUACUGUACUGGACUUUGAAACUGAUAAGAUAUUGGUAUCUGAGCCAGAUUUGAGGUACAUGUCUUUGAUGGCUGCUUAUGUAUCGAAGACACCGCCUGUUGUACUGGAGCUUUAUAUUUGGGUUAAGGUAGUAGAAGUAAUGUCAGUACACACAACGACGGAGCUCCGCAACCUGUUCCAGCGCGCGUACGAGCAGAGCCACGCGGACGACUCCGCGCCGCCGCGGUCGCUGCACUGCGCUAAUGCUGUCAACGAUAUGAUGGGCAUGGCGGUGUCUUAUGGGAUUGCUGAUCGACACUUCAUUAAUGUUACUAAGCCUAAGGUUAUAACAAUGAUCGAAGAACUAAAGGAUUCUUUAGCACACUUGGUCGGACAAGCGCGUUGGAUGGAUGACAACACGAAAAUAGCGACGUACCAGAAAAUUAUCGAAAUGAAGUCUCUUAUAGGAUUCCCAGACUGGCUGCUAGAGGAAGGAAAACUAGACGAAUAUUAUGAAGGAAUAGAAAUUGAUAGUGAAAAGCAUUUGGAAAAUCUCAUCAAUGUAAAUCAAGUGAAGACUAGAAAUGUACUGAAUAGGUUUCGAGGAGUGAACAAUUUCUCUUGGGCCACUGAUCCUACUGAAGUUAAUGCGUAUCAUACGUUUCAAGAAAAUACUAUUACUGUCCCUAUGGUGAUGUUACAACAUCCCUUCUAUGAUUUAGGACUCGACUCACUUAACUACGGGUCCUUGGGAACGGUUUUGGGGCACGAAAUCACACACGGAUUCGAUAACUUUGGCCGUCAAUUCGACAAGAACGGCAACAUGCUCCCCUGGUGGUCGAACAGCACGAUCGACUCGUUCGUCAACAUGACGCAGUGCUUCGUCGACCAGUACUCCUCGUACUACGUGCCGGAGUUGGAUGAUCAUAUAGACGGCAAACAAACUUUAGGAGAGAACAUAGCAGACAACGGAGGCUUGAGAGAAGCUCUCGCGGCGCUCAAGCAUCACCUCAAGAGACGCGGACCCGAGCCCAAGCUACCGGGCUUUGAGAAGUUGACGCCUGAACAACUGUUCUUCUUGUCUUAUGGAAAUCUCUGGUGUGGCGUAUCAACGCGGGACUCUCUGAAGGCAGACUUAGAAGACGAGCACUCCCCGCAACAGUUCCGCGCUCGCGGCGCGCUGCAGAACAGCGCGGAGUUCGCGCGAGCGUGGGACUGCCCGCCCGGCUCUAAAAUGAACCCCAGCAAACGAUGCAUUAUAUUUUAGAAGGUACACCUAUCUUCUGUUAUAGAGGUAAAUUCAAAAUGAGGAACAUAAUUUAUUUGUCAAGAGUUGUAGCCUCAAAGAUAAUCCAACAGAGGUAAAUAUACGCUAUAUUUUAGAGAUUGGGACCUACCUUAGUCGUGGUGAAAGAUAAAGAAAUAAAGAUUUUGGAGAGUUGAGGCUAGUUUUUGUGGACAAAAUUUUUUUACUUGUUUCUUUUUCACUGUAUCACCGAUUUAUUUAAAAACACCAGCUGGUAGUUUAGUAGAUCUCUAAAUGCCUUAUGACAAGCUCAGUUUAAGAUCAGCAAACAUGUGACUAUGAUUUUAAUCAAUGCAAUAGCAAAGAAGCAGAUAGCGGAAUGCUUUUACCAAACUGCCAGGAAGGGUUAGAUAUAUUGAUUUAUUUUACAGUUGUGUUAAAACUGAGAGUGAUAACAUUAAACACAUGUGCCUUGUACAUUGGCCUUCAAAAAUACAAUAUACAAGAUUCUACUCGUAAUUUGCUUGAAAUUGGGGAAAGCUUAUUGAGUAAAUAGACUUUGUAGCAAAAUUAGUGUAAAUACAUUUAGAGUUCCCCUAAAUGUAAUUGAAUUAGUGAUAAGCUGUAAUGUAUUGUGAAAUGUGUGUGCCAUAGAUUUUAAAGAUAGACUUAGUUUAGUAUUUUAUACGCCUAGUUUGUGUGUGUUAUCAUAAGUUUAAUUUAAUAAGACAACGAAAACUUCUAUCGCACAAAUUGUGGACUGAUCAGCGUUUUUGCACUUUAA